AUGGCCCCCAAGGCGGCUGCAGACCCGGCGGCUGGGGCAGAUGAAUUCACCGGCGGGGCCGGGGAUGGAAUGUAUGCGGGGACCGAUGCAGCUGCCACGGUCUGCGAACCGGCGCUCAGGACGGGAACCGGGGCAGGAUUGGAAUACAGUGCACUGUGGAAGAUAAUGCAAGCCAGCUAUCAAGUAUUAAAUACAACACACUCAAAUUUGACCCGAGAAUGCUGGCUGUGUUAUAAUAUUAGGCCCCCCUUUUAUGAAGGCAUAGGAAAUACCCAAAAGGUGAGACGCAUUAAUGGAAGCAAUCCUGCACAAUGAUCUUGGAAACAGAAUAGAAAUGAGACGCAAGGACUGACUUUAUCCCAAGUAACAGGUAAAGGAAGGUGUAUAGGAAAAAUACCACCAGAAAAAGAACACUUAUGUGAGGUGAUUAUGUCACAAAAAGAUGAAAAUAAACCAGCAGAAUGGCUCCUUCCCGCGGCAAAUACAAAGUGGGUUUGCAACAACAUAGGCAUUACUCCCUGUUUAUCAUUAAGGAUAUUUGAUUAUACUCAGGAUUACUGUAUACAGGCUACCAUUGUCCCUAGGAUUAUUUACCAUUCAACUGACUAUGUUUACCAGCAACAUACCACUGCAGAGUAUCAUCUAGUAAAAAGGGAACCCUUUACGACCCUGACCAUUGCAACCCUGCUGACUAUAGGAGGAGUAGGAGCGGGGACAGGAGUAGCCUCCUUGAUAAAUCAGCAAAAAGAAAUUAAGACAUUGCGAAUGUCAGUAGAUGAGGAUUUAGGAAGAAUCGAACAAGCCAUUGAUGGGUUAGUAAAGUCAGUAAGAUCCUUAUCUGAAGUAGUGUUGCAAAACCGCAGGGGUUUAGAUCUUUUGUUCUUGCAACAAGGCGGCUUGUGUGUAGCCCUGAAGGAAGAAUGCUGUGCAUAUGCCGACCAUACAGGAGUAGUAAUAGAUACCAUGACAGAAUUAAGAAACCAGCUAGAACAAAGGAGGCGAGAAAGAGAGGCAAAUCAAAGCUGGUAUGAAUCUUGGUUUAAUUAUUCCCCUUGGCUGACUACCCUGCUAUCCACGAUUGCGGGACCACUGAUUUUAUUGAUACUUGGAUUAACAUUUGGGCCAUGUAUUUUUAAUAAAUUGAUAACAAUUGUAAAGGGACGCUUAGAAGCAGCACAUUUAAUGCUUAUCAGAGCAAAGUAUGAAUCGCUACCUGAGGACAUAGAGGAUGAGAGAUUAGAAUGGGCUAGACAAGAAUUAAAAAGAUUCAAUGAACAAAAUUAG